AUGGAGGCUUCCAAUGAUACUUUGUCGGUGUUACCCCCGCCUCUGACUGGUUCUCCAGCUGUGCUUUUGACUCCUGGACGAACGAGAAACAUCGCACAAGACAUGGAGGCGCUCAGACUGUCUCGACAAGACAAUCCUUACUUACAGCAAGUGAUGGCAAGCAGAGAGAGUUUAAUUGAAAGUCAUCAUGAGGAGUGUGAAUCAGAUGAUACAAUUCUGAUGUCUCAGGAAUUUGGAAGCACAGCCUUAGACUUCAUUGAAGAUGACCCAGUCACCCUGAAGGAAGUCCAUGAACAUAUGAUACGGUCUCCCCCACCGACCAGCUGCUGGCCACAUGACACACUGUCGUACCGUGCGUCGAGCGCGUUCGACUUCGCCGGAGACAGUCCGGUGUCGUUCAGCGCUUUCUCGGUCAAUUCGCAAGAAAAGGAAUUGUUAAGUGGCCGUUCUCCUCGUCGUGGUGCACGUUCUGAUGAGACCCGCAACAACAACAACUCGGGCAGACCGAGGUCUUCACGGUCUGCAUCACCAAGGUCACAUGACCUGACUCUAUGUGGACGACCCUUAUCUUUACCAGGAGAGAGUCACCUUCGCAACGCCCUCAGCAGAAAGCAGCAUAGUCAGCCGAGUGAAAGGAGCGAGAGAUCUGAGCGGUUCUCUCUCUUACAACACCCGCGUCCUCUACGAAGAGCACACUGCAACCGACGGAACGACGACAGCGUCCAUCUCGUCCAGGAUUGCGAUAAGUAA